UUAACCGCCUUAGAAAAUGGAACAAACCCCAAUAGAAGAGGCGAAGAGGAGAUGUCGAGCCCUAAUAAGCCAGAUAAAGAACACAUCAAAAUCCCCGUCAUUGUGGAAGACGACCCUUUUGCGACUCGUCAACUCUGAGCUUUCUUUCCUCGACCGCCUGAACCACUCCUCCGUCUCACAUUCCGUGCCUCUCAGCCUCAACAUCGGCCACCUUGAAGCGGUCUGUUGCAUUAUCGGCCACCCAUCUGUCACCUCCGUCGCGCGGGUCUGCAAAUCCAUUCCAACAUCUCCUCCGCAGAAUCGCAGAACGGGCGAUUCUAGAAGAUAUAUAGAUAUAGUGUGUUGUCACAAUGGGAACCCUGUUUGGAUCCUCGUCUCAGAUCGAAAUCCCAAGUACAAUGACUUCAAUGAAUUGCGAGGUCGUGUUCUAGACGUUUUGAAGGCUGCUCGCGAUUCGCCUUUAACUGUAAGGCCAUCUUCUGUUAUCCUUUCGUUUUUGAAUGGCCUCCGAGAUGACGUUAUUCAGAAGCUCCGAGAUGAAUUUGAAACCACUGAAUUUGCUGGGUUUGGGGACUCCUCAUCAUUUGAACAUGAGCUCAAAGAGGAGGAAGGUGAUUGGGUCAAUGUGCUACCUUGCCGUUCUUUUGAAAGGGCCUGCUUUUUGGAGAUAAGGAUUGAGGCUUUUUACAGUAGUACGGAACUUGUUUAUUCCAAGAGGGAAGUAAAAAUUGAAAAUUCCGUAGAGCAUUUGGAAAUGGAUAAAAAUACUGCUUUGAAUUUAGGGGAAUCGUUUUGUUCUCUUGUGUCAAGAAUGAAGAGCUGGUCAGCUGGGGACAUUGGAGGGAAUGCUGAACUAGUUAACUUUGAUACAACUGCUCUAGUUGCUGCCGUGUCAGGGAUAAGCAAUGGAGCUACCUUGAAUGUUCCAGAGAGUGAUUUGAGGGCUCGGUUCAAGGGAAAUUAUGAUUUUGUGAUAAAUCAGGUUGGAAUACUAAGAAACCUUUUAUUUACGAAGUACUUGCCAAAGUUUCUGUAUUUGUUGUAUGUGAAGAUACUCUGCAUUCAUGGUUCUAUUAUAAUUGGUUGGGUUAUGCUAUUUGCCUGUCACCCUGUGCCUUUUGUUGCUUCAGUAUUUUUAAUGGUCCUAAAGUUUUUGUGUUGUUUACCUUCCUUCUCUUCCUCUCAAUAUGAACCUUGGCAUAUGUAGAAAAAUUAAGGCUAUGCUUGAAGUGUAGAAAACGGUAGGGAGUGGGAAAAAAGAACAAAGCUAAGGAAAACAAGCUGCCGGAUUCAUGUUGUGUUUUCAAUCUUUGCACCCAACAGGUGGCUGCUGAAAUGAUGACUCCAAUCCAUGCAGUCAUGUCUGAUGCAAUAUCUGGAAAGAGAGGGAUUGUUUGUGAAAGUGUUUUCUCAGAAUUUCAGGAGAUAGUAUCAAUGUGCGGUGGGCCAAGAGAAAAGUUAAGAGCUCAGCACCUUCUGGAGAAACUCAAGGUUGUUCCUGACAGCCCGUCGGCACGUGUGAUGAGCCUUCCCACGACCAGAAAGUUGGCCUUGAAGAACAAAGUGGCUUUCGGGACAGGCGAUCACUGGCACGCUCCAACCAUAACUGCAAACAUGGCUUUUGUAAGAGCAGUUUCACAAACUGGGAUGUCUCUGUUUACCUUAGAGCACAGUCCUCGGGCACUAGUUGGCGACUGACUAAUUAGGACUGCUGUAGCGCCUAACACAUGUAUAUAAGUGUUGUCUUCCAUCCUAAAACAAGGUUUUGGUCAUUGUAAUUUUGAAAACCAAGGCCUCUUUUAACGUGGUUUUGUUUCCUUCUCUUGCAGUUUUCAAUUUUUUUUUAGCGAACAAACUUAAUUCAUAGAAAUAAUAAUCAGGAGUACAAUAAUGAU